UGAUUGGAGCCGGGAGGCAAAAUAACCGGGCGGGUUCAGGGAAAGGGGUCAGUGGUGCACUGUGCGCUAGAGCAGUCGCUGGGCACUAUGCUGGCUGUGGUAGUAGCGGCGGUCGUGGCUGGAGCACUGGGUUUAUUUCUGCUACUGAAGUUCGGGUUGCCGAAUCUGUAUUACGAUGCGCUUUUCAUUCUCCGGUUCGCCAGCAUCAGCUGGAGACUGCUGCGAUGCUACUUUACCGGCAGGGUGAUCACCGUGCUAGAUCGCUUCGAGCAGCAAUCGAAGUCGAACCCGGACAAGACCCUGCUCCUCUACGAGGGCCGCUCUUUCACUUACCGGGAGGUGGACCGGAGGAGCAACCGGAUCGCCCAGGUCUGCAUUCAGCCAUGGGCCGGGUUGCGAGCUGGGGACACUGUGGCGUUACUGAUGAGCAAUGAGCCCGACUUCCUGUGUGUUUGGUUCGGCUUGUGCAAGCUGGGCUGCGCCGCAGCGUUCCUUAAUACCAGCUUGCGCGCCCGGUCCCUGUUGCAUUGUCUGGACAACUCGGGCGCCAAAACCCUCAUAGUCGGAGCAGAUCUAAUUGAUGCUGUGAAAGACAUUCUUGCAAGCAUCAAGGAGAAGAAUAUAUCAGUAUGGAUCAUGGCAAAAAGUUGCAUAUACCAAGGAGUGGAUACUCUUGCAGAUAAAGUAGAAAAAGCACCUGAGAGUCCUGUGCCAGCAACGUGGAAAUCUACAGUCCAGUUGAAAUCUCCCUUUCUUUAUAUAUUCACUUCAGGAACAACAGGCUUACCAAAGGCUGCUAUAAUAACCCAUCUACAGAUCUUCAGGGCAAGUGCUGGACUGCGGUUUUUUGGAGUCACUAAGGAUGAUAUAAUCUACACGCCACUUCCUCUAUAUCAUAGUGCGGCCUCUCUCUUAGGAAUCUGUGGUUGCAUUGAACUAGGUGCAACAUGUGUGCUGAAGAAGAAGUUCUCAGCCACCCAGUUCUGGAAUGACUGCAAAAAGUAUAAUGUUACAGUAUUCCAGUACAUCGGAGAACUCUGUCGCUAUCUCUGUAAUCAGCCAAAGUCGGAAGGAGAGAAAAAUCACCAAGUACGCAUGGCUGUUGGAAAUGGUAUAAGGUCUGAUGUCUGGAAAGAAUUUCUCAUGCGUUUUGGCAACAUUAAGAUCUGUGAGUUUUAUGGUGCAACAGAAGGAAAUGUCUUCUUUAUGAAUUACACAGGCAAAGUGGGAGCUGUGGGACGAACCACGUUUCUUCAUAAGGUAUUGCUGUCAUAUAAACUGGUGAAAUUUGAUGUUCUGAAUGAAAAGCCCAUAAGGAAUGAACAAGGAAGGUGUGAAAUAGUUAAAAAAGGUAAGGCAGGACUCCUCAUAUCUUCAGUGACUAAGUCGAAUCCAUUCAGUGGUUAUGCUGGAAACAAGAAGUUUUCAGAACAGAAGCUUCUCAGAGAUGUUUUCAAAAAAGGUGAUGUGUAUUUCAAUAGUGGGGACCUCCUGUCUGAAAGUGAAGAUGGCUAUAUUUACUUCCAUGAUCGGAUUGGAGACACAUUUAGGUGGAAAGGGGAAAAUGUUGCAACCACAGAAGUGGCUGAAAUAAUUGGACUGCUGGAUAUGGUGGAAGAAGUCAUUGUGUAUGGAGUAGCUAUUACAGGAUAUGAAGGCAGGAUAGGAAUGGCAGCGAUCAUCCUGAAACCAGAUCAAGUGUUUGAUGGAAAAAAGAUUUAUAACCACGUUCUGGAGCAUCUGCCAGGCUAUGCUUACCCCCGCUUCCUGAGGAUCCAGAAAACCAUGGAGAUGACCGAAACAUUCAAGAGAAAGAAAAUUAAAUUGGUUGAAGAAGCAUUUAAUCCAAAAAUAAUAAGUGAACCUUUGUAUUUCCUGGAUACAACUGAGAAAUCUUACAUCGUGAUGACGGAACAAAUCUACAACCAGAUUUUGUCAUUCGAGAUAAAAUUAUGAACCAUAUUUUCAAUGUGCACAUUUUUCUGUUAUGACUACAGGAAUCCAAUAUGACCAAUCGAUUAGCAGAUAGCUUUCUGGCAUUAAUUUUAAUACCAAGUGUAUUUUAUCAACAUUUUAUCAGAAGAUGUAAUUUUUCAGUUUUUUAAAACUUGUGUAUGAUUUUAACUUGUAUCUCUGUAACAAAAUGCACCUUGAAUUUAAAUACAUUUUAAAAAAGUUUCUAAACUAUUUAAAAGAAGUCUGCACUAGUUCUUUCUUGACCAAACAAUGCUAUAAAGCCUCCCAGGUGGUUGUCAGUGUUGUCAUGCAUCACUGAUAAGACACAUUUAAAUUCUUCACCCAGAUCCCAAUAAUCUUGUUAAAUAUACAGGUAUAAUUUUAAUCACAGUAUCCUUUUCAUUCCUACCGUGUGUUCCUCGAGUGUCACUGACCCUUGUGAUUCCUCCCAGCAUGGACUUCUGACCCACCAACCUGGGGGGACUUGCUGACAUGGGGAGGGGAGGCAGCAGCCAUCAUCCUUUACUUGUCUUCCUCCACAGUGCUUGCCGGCCCGACAUCCAUCCACAGAUGUCCUUUGUCACACAGCCACGUUGCUGGCCUUCGAAUGUGGAGCGGAGGCCCAGACUCUAGUCCAGGAGUCAGCAACCUUUACCACUGAAAGAGCCACUUGGACCCG